CUAUGGCGUCUUCAUUUUUGACCACCUCCUACCUGUGUAUGAGAAUCGAGUCGAGGAUCGCAGACUGGCUUUGAAGACUUGAGCAGCUGGUAGAUCGUCUUGCCUGUGAUGCUCCUCUGCAAGAUAUGUCCGCGGUAUCCGAUGAGACGAUAGUAUCCACUCACUCGAUGCUAUCUCGUGCCAAGCCCAAGCCGCCGUCGGACGUACCCGACCAAGAGCCCUUGGUUCGUGAGAGAGGGGCUCACGUCGGUGAGAAAGCUCAAGCAUCGUACCGGGAUGAGACUAUCGACAUUGGUGGCCAAGACGAGAAAGUUGUCUUGAACACACUUGGAGAAGGUCCAAGUGCCCCUGGAGCCGCUGACGAGGUAGCGGAAGAUGUCCAAGCCGGCAUUGAGGACGUUCCUCCUGGAAUGAAGGGAUGGAUCAAUCUUUUUGGGGUCAUCGGUAUCAAUGCCAUCUGCUAUGGAAUGACAAACUCUUUCGGUACCUUUCAAGAGUACUACGUUAGUCACUUCCAUCUGAACCCCACAGCAGCAUCUUGGAUUGGAUCUAUUCAACUCUGUCUCAUGCCACUUCUGGGAUGCUUUGCCGGCCCUCUGUUCGAUUCAGGCUACCUUAGGUAUUUGACCGUCUCUGGAGGUUUCUUGUAUACCUUUUCGCUCCUCAUGACUUCCAUUUCGAAACAGUAUUACCAGUUCUUACUGGCUCACGGUAUCGGCGCUGGCUUAGGCAUGGGUAUCAUCUUCUCGCCCAGCGUCUCGACGCUAGCUCAUCAUUUUGGGAAAAGCAAAUAUAGGAGUUUGGCAUAUGGUCUUCAAGCAUCUGGAUCUUCUCUCGGAGGAAUACUGUUUCCAAUCUUAGCUAGGAGCUUGUUGCCAAAGAUCGGAUUCGGAUGGACAUUGAGAGUGUUCGCAUUUAUAGUUCUUGCCAUCAUUGUACAGUCUUUCUUCACCCUGUCUACCACGGUACCGCCACGGCGCAAAGUCGCCAUCCUUAGUCCUACUGUCUUCAGAACGACUGGCUACGCACUCCAUGUUCUCGGAUGUUGCAUGUGUUCAUUAUGUGUAUACUGUCCUCUCACCUUUGCCGUCACUUAUGGUGUCUCUCACGGCAUCUCCCCAAGUUUAGGAAACAUUGCUCUCACAGUCAUCAAUGCAUGCGCAAUCAUAGGUCGAGUUUUACCUUUGAUCCUGGCACAACGAGUCGGAGCGAUCAACGUCGUCUGUGCCUCUGGUCUCGUCGCUGCUAUCAUGCUCUUCAGCUGGACCAAAGCCACGACUGUCCCUGGGAUCAUCAUCUACGAUGCCAUGUACGGAAUCGGAAGUGGAGGUUAUGCAGCAGGUGUCAAUCCAGCCGCAGCGUCUUUCGCACCUCACACCAAUCAGACAGGCCUCUACCUUGGCAUGUUCUUCUUCACCACUUCGUUUUUCUGGCUUAGCGGCACUCCCGCCACGGCCGCUUUGAUCAACGCGCGUGGAUACCUCGCUGCUUCAAUGUUCUGCGGAUCGACCUUGUUAUUAGGCAUAUGUUUCAUCUUGCUUGGUCGGAAACAACGCGUCAAAGCUUUAGGCACACCUUGGGUGUGAGACAGAUGACCCCUGACAUCCUAUCCCUUAUCAUCGUAUGUAUCACCCACCCGUCACACUUAUUUGCAUGGGUGCACUUCCUGCUGCGCCUGACGUGUAUCUCUUGUAUCAAUAUGCAUGCAUUCAUUGUCGUC